CUUGUUGAAAAUGGAAUGUAGUAUGUGAAUGCAAUCAGUGGUUACUCACUCAUUUGGCCAAAUAGCGUCUUGGCAUUUUAGCUGAUGUCAGUUCGUGAUGAAAAACUGAUUUAAUUCCUAACCCUAACCAUCAACUAUGAAUCAUAAUCCUAAUUCUUCAAACUGCUUUGUAACCCUCGUUCAGCCCUAGCAAUUAGGUAGACACUCUCAAGGUCACUUCGGCGUCGCUCAAAGGUCGUCCAUGGAUUAUAGUCUCACCACUUUACCGCAUCUUAUGUGUACAGUAUGUAUACCUACAAGUGCCCUGAUUCUCAGAAUCACACUUCCCUACACUCUCUCAGCAGACACAUUCCCCCGGCCUAAUUACUAAUCUACCAAAAACUGAAUAUCACUAUGCGAAGUCCCCAUGAUAAGUUUUUCUAUGAUGUCUAUAGUGUUAUAAGUCAAUGGGAGUUCAUAAUUCUUCGCAUCCAGACAAUACUUCUGUGGGAGCGUGUGGUCCCAAGUCUUGUUUUCACAGCAUUCGUACACCUUGUGUUCUUAUCAUUUGUAAAAAGCAACUUCAGUACACUGUUUAUUUCCUGUCUGGUGUUGUUUCUUGUCUUGUUAUGCAACCUCUUACAACCGCUAAUGGCAAGGCUUUUUCUAGGUACGUGUUUGCAAAAUUUGUAUGUUAUGUAUUUAAUUUUCUUGGAAUAUAUGGGGUUCUGAGAUUGUUUACGUAGUUGAGAUCGUUCAUAUCUGUUACUGACUUAACUUCUCACUCUAGAUGGAGGGGAAAGUUUGCUAGCGUAGCCCAUAUUUCGCUGAAGUUUGCCAUUCCUCUGAUGCUGUUCUUCAUGCUAAAUGUACUAGAACAAGCAUUUUUCAUUAGUAAUGACUAACAUUUUCCUAAGGAGUUUUGUAAGUUUUCGUUAUCAACGGUUUCAUUCGAAUGACUGUAUGAGAUCCCUGCCACAUCUUGUAUGUUUGCAAACAACUGUCCAUCCAAUUAAAUCAGUGUACAUUACUGAGAAGUUGCAUUUUAUUUAUCUAGAUGACUGAAAAAUUUAAAUUUCCUCAUCGUACUUGAUAAUCUAGGAAUUUACUGUUAUUGCUUGUGGUUUGCAUGUACACUGUACUUUUUUGGAGGAAUUAUAUAUCUCAUUUGUUCCUAUCAUAGGUCCAACCGAUUUUCAUGUGAUAAACUCCUGCGUCACAUCCGGUGAUGUUUGAUGGUUCUAGGCUAUUUAUUGGUCGACAUAGAGAUUUGCCAAUGACAUAGACCCUACUUUGCCCGUUUUUGCCCAUCUUUUACUAUGGUGUUUACAAAAAGAGAUGUGGCUCAGUAUUCAUGCGGCAACUAUUUCUUGACGACAUUCGACAAAGUUCUACGAUAUUGGAUUGGUUUAAGUUUUCACGCCUUUUCAUAGUACGAAAAGGAAUAAGUAUACUUAUUCCCCAAAGUUUACUAUAGCGGCUUCCCCAAAAUUGGGAGCUUGAGUAAAAAUAAGAAGACAAACAAUAGUGAUAUAAAGAAAUAGCGUGUAAUAAAAUGUUCAAGAUUUGAAAAACAGAAAGUGGAUAUAUCUGUAGUUGUAAACGUUAUCAGCUUUUGUGAUCGAUGAUCUAUCAGUACCUAGAUCAUCUUGUUGACUAACAAGUCAUCCUGAGGAUUCUGGCAAACUCGUUGAAAUUGCUCCAUACACAACUCAUUAAUAACAAGCAUAUUCGUAUACCAAUACCAUGUCUUUUUCUAACUACGUCAAUUUUGUUUUACUAGUUUAGUCCUAUUCUAAUCAGCAUUGGAUAUAGGAGUAAAAUGUCAUACAUGCUUCAAAAGUAACCUGCCUGGUUUCUCCACCCAAAUGUGACAGCUCAAUUAAUUUGUUUAGGAUAGCGAUUUUGUGACUAUUUAAGUAUCAGGCGAUAACUGUUAAUUCACGUUUUAAACUUUUGUUGUGAUUUCCGAACAACUUUUCAACUACAAACUCAUCUAUUCCUUUAAGAAGGCUAUGAAGUAUAAAAAAUUCCCAAUUCCUGCUUUAGAUUCUAAGCGUUCAUCUGGUUCGUUCUCAGAACUUGUUUCCAUUUGUUUGGAAAAUGGGAGCAUCAUGUCCACCACUGAUCUUAGCCAUUGGAUAUCUAGCUGUCUUUAUGGUGCACUUAAUAUCGCAAAUAAGCUUGCCCCAUGUCAUCGAAAUCAUCCUCUCUCGGUGAGCAUUCCUAACUUUCAUAUUCUUUUGUUAUCGAUUAGAUUUAUAGUUUUUUUCGAGGUAUCCUACAUCUCACUAAUUCAGUUCUAUUCUCAGCAAAUUUUAAGUUAGCAGCUUGAAUUAAAAUACCCGACCGUUGUUGCUACCUUGACGUGGUGGCCGGGCUUGUCUAUCGUGAUGAAGCAACCGAGCUAUACUGGCUGGAACAAUCGUUCCUUGAGGUCUUACCAUGCCACACAGGUCGGUUGAAGAGCGGUAAGACUAAAAGCAACAAACCCAAGGUCCGAAGGCGAAGUCGUACUGCUGACUGUACAGAUGUGUGGCAGCAGUAAGGUGUUUCCUUCAGACAACCAGCAUGACAGCGAUGCUGCUUUCCCACAAGGAGGGGUGGGGUUCGAAAAGGUCUAACCUAAAAAUGCACACCUCGCCUUAUCCCGUGGAUAUCCGUCUCCGGCGGUAAGGUCUCAACAAGUACGGAGCUGACACGAAAAUUACCCAUAAAAAGGUCGUGCGUAACCGACCACAAACGGUUGUCCCUUGGGCACUGCGGUCACGCUCUCAGGUCACUAAGACCACCCUUAAUCCAAUCUCCUUUUCAGGUACCUCCAGAAGAACCCUUCCACGGUGCGGGCAACCGGGAUGUGAUAACCGCCCUCAUACCUAUAACAGCACUCAUGACCACUGUAUUCAUAAUCAACCUCUCUCUUCAGUUCCUGCUAUUCCUCCUAUAUCGACCUUCAACACUAAACUUCCUCUUUUGGCUUCCUUUUCAAGUUCUGAAUUAAAAUUAUAACAAAAGUUUGGCAUAGUGGUAGUUUCUCGUGAUAUCAUUCCAAGUUUUAUCAUUAAAUUCUAAGUUAAAUUAUACUCAUUUUAUCGAAUAACUCAAAAACUGAUGAAAUAAAAACUAUUCUAGUCAACUUAGAGUACGUCGAUUUUGCCCUGUCUAAGUUUCUUCCUUUGUGGCAAUACACUGUUCCCAUCAUGUUUUCAUUGUCUGAGAUACCUCUAAAAGUUCUUAGAAAGCAAGCUCCUUAUGCAUAACCAUUUCACAUUACGGGAGCAAAAGCAAAUCACAGGGGGCCGUCUUAACAACCCGACUUUCUUAUUUUUUUGACAAACGAUUUGAUAUUUUUGAACUAAUUCUAUGUGAGUAGUCAGGAAAUACUGACUAUUAAUUAAUGAAAGCAUUAAAUUUCUUUCUUGUCACAUUUUUUAUUGUGCUGCUUUUAGUUAUACAUAUAUCAUCAAUAAAGGGUGGUUCUGAUACAGUUUAUACUGUCAAUAAAUGUCUCAAUUUUCCAACAUUUUACAGAAUUGGAGGUUGCACAUCCCGAACACUACUAUAAUGUGUAUUUCCAUACUUUGUAUUGGCAUGUUUAUUUCUCUUAACCAUACAUUUCCAUUUCUAGUAACUUGUUUGGAGUUAAAAAAUUUUGCACGACCAUGCAUUCAUUAUCCGUUAAUUAAGGUAACCCUGCUUCGGUUUGGGCACCCGGGCAGUAUCCCAGCCCUCACACAAAUCGAAUGGUUUAUAUGGCACAUAUCUGUUUGGUGCCUCCAUGUACCAAUGUUUAUGUGUUUAAAUAAAUAAAGGUAACGUUUCACGAAUCUUCUCUACACAAAGAGCUAUACUAACUUGGUCGACAAUAAAAUCGAAAAUAGAAAAGAGUAAUUUCAACUUUGUAGUCUCACCUACUUAGAGUGCUUCACCAUACUUAAGAGACAAAUCAAUGAGAUUUUUGCAUGGUUAUGAAAAACAUGAUUUUUUUAAUCAGUGUGUGUAUCAUAUGUCGUUGAUAGUCAUAUCUGCAAUUCAACCGUUCAUCAGUCCUACAGUUUGGCUCUACCUAAUCUAUUAAAAAUCUGUUCUUCAAGUCUGAAUAAUAAAAUGAUGACUAAAGCAAUCAGUAUCCAACCAAUAAGUCACAAGUUCAAACUCCAACCCACUUACUGCGGUUUGGUCGGCUGUCAUUACUUGAUUAUACACUAAGAACAUGACUUGGAACUGGGUGUUUGAUGAGCUACUGUUUGUUAUACCGCAGAUCUGGGAUCAUUAAUCUCAGGAGAUGAUUAAUUCAUAUUUCGUUCGUAACAAUUUGUUACUCUCAUCGAUAGAAAAUCUUGAUAAAUAGUAAAAUAGCAUCAAACCAUAAUUCCUUUAGUAUCAAUUAAGAGACUUAAAGUUUUAAGUUAUGUACUCAAAAUUGUUGAAAUGGAAAGAUUCAUUGACUUGAGCUUCAGCUUUUAGAUUAGGUAUAUCUAAAGCUAUGGUUUUCGAACUGCUGAUAGCAUCCUAUUGUUUAACACAUCCAUUUUCCAGUAUAUUGGUGUGUUAUUCAAUUAAUGCUGAUGAAUAAUUAUAUACUUUCCUUAAUAUUCUUUUAGUUUUUCAUUAUUUCAAGCACUAUUAGCAUUGGAUGCAUCGUACUUAGCAUGUAUGUUUCCGGCGUAACCUUAGCUUACAUAGCUCUCAAUAUUUGUCUAAUUUUGCCAACUUUGCUGCACCAUCGUGUAAUUUCUCGUGUUUGGAAUUUGAUUAAACCUAUUUUAACGCGUAUUGAAGCAGAAUUCGAUAAAAAUCCGUUAGAAUCUCCUGAAGAACGCGAUGCCGGUGAACGAGAACUUUACGAGCCUAUUGUUGCAGCUGCAAAUGCUGCUAAUUCCUCCGUAUUCCCUGAUGGAUUUUUAACAGACAUACCCACGAAAGUGGAAUCUAGUCAGCUCGAGUCAGAAGAACUAGAUAACUCGGAAGCAGUAUUCAUCAAACAGUUUGUUUCCGAUAUUAGUUCUGAGGAAUUGGAUCGUUUGUUUUCUGAAGCUCUUGGUGAGCAUGAAAUUGCAACAAAAAACACUACUAGACAUAGCAAAUCCCAUAAUAAUCGUAAUAACAAUAAUAAUUUCUCAGAAUUUACUGACACAGAUUAUCCAUUUAUAACUCAACAAGAAAUAGUUGAAAAAUCACGUUCACCACCAAUUUUGUGGGCAAUGGAAAGUGAGUAUGCUACAGAUGAUGAUGAAAGCAGCGAUAUCAUGGGUGAGGUUUGCCCAGCUCCGAUGACAAUGAUGAAUAAAGAUGUUGAACGUGAAGGAUUUGUAUUUGUACGAAAACAAAAAUAAAAACAAACUAAAUUGAUAAUGACUUCAUUCGUUUGAUUUUUCUUCCCCUCAUUAUUCCCUACCUGUAUACACCACUCUGCUUCCCAUUUAUAAAUAAAUACCCCCCCUCUCAAUAUGUAUUUACUUUAAAAAAGGACAAUUAUUUAUUCGACCAAGUUUUAUUGCAUACUUAUUAUUAUUAUUAUUAAUGGCUGUUAAAAUAAUCAAAAAAGAAGAUAAACUGUUGAAGUAUAUAAAUGGUAGAAAGAACAUAGUAACUCAGGUAUUCAAGUAGACCGCUGUAAAUUUAGUUAUUAUCUGUGGGUUGAAUGUAUCUGAAAUCCUACUUUCCCUGUUUCUUUCUACAGAUUUUGAUUAACUUGCAUAGUUUUAUGUAAUAAAAUGCAUUUAUAUCGAAACAUCAACAUUUUUUUUAAAAAAAACGAAGGAAGCAUUUCUAUCACAAUUGAUGAUCAAUCAAUUGUGAUUACAUCUCAGUCCUACAGGAGGUUAGUCACGGCUCGGAUAGCUCAGUGGUAACAUCUCUGACUGUGAAGCUGAGUGACAUGAGAUCGAAUCCGCCAGGGAGCACCAGUUCCCUCAAGAUUACAGGCACACCUUGCUGACGAGUGCCAAGUAGCACGAAACCCCGGUCCAGGGUUUCCUGUUGACUACCUUCAACCACCAUCUAAAUCUCGAAGCAUUUCUAUAUUUAUUCUUUCAACCUAAUGGGUAAUUUUUAAACGUGAGAUUUAGUGGAAAUUAGCUUUGGUUUUUUUUCGUGAUUGACAUCAGCUAAGGUAUGUGAUGGGAUACCAAUUCUGAAAAAAAACGUAUUGAUUGGCAAUAUACAAGUUUAAGUGAUCUAUUUGAGCAGAUCUCUUAUAAAUCUUAAUAUAGCGGAAAUAAUCUCAGCGACAUAAUAUGAGUUCUUCUGUCAGUUGAGACUAUGAUUUACGGAUGACAUUUGUGCGACGCUGAACCGACCUUGUGGAAAUUCACCUUACUACUAGGAUUAAAUACUGAUUGUAAAUUAGUUUGAUGAGUCAGGAUUAAGAUUUACAGUUGGGCGCUAAGGUUUUUAUCGCGAACUGACAUCGGCUAUAAUUUCAAGUGUUAUUUAGCUAUGUAGAUGAAACGAUUUCAUGCCCAAAUCCAAUACAUGCUGCCCUAAAUCUGAUCAAUUCGUCCAUAAAUUAUCGUCUAGACACAUUUAAACUACUUAUUAGUAGGUAAAAAAUAACAGCGACAUUUAUUGCUAAUGUGUCUGAAUUGAAUAAAGAAUUUGUUCUUCAAUUCUCUUUUCUUUAUGAACCGCGUAUGGAUUUGUUAUUGAUGAUGAAGAAGGACUUGACAUACAUGAC